AUGUGUGCGCUUCCUGGAGAUAUACGACCAGGCGGCCACGACUUGCCUUGCCGUCCGCUCCUUUGCGAAAAGCUUAAUUACCCUCAGAAGGGCCGCGAUGAGGAUAUCCAUGUCGGUAAUCCCAAGAAGCUCAUCGAGGCAUCCAUGGAUAAUGUCACAGCUCUAAGGAACUCGCUUUUCUCGUCGUACCUCAGCGUCGGACUGUCCUUCUAUGACGACGGACCAAAUGAUUCCUCAGCCACGGACGCCGUAGUCGCCUACUCCAUGCCGGUAUUGCAACUCGCCGAAGCCAUUGACAGCAUGAAGCAGAUCAAAAAGAUCCGCCAAAAUGCCAUGGACGCCCACAAGAAGGGACUCAUCACGGACAUCCUCACCGUCGUCUUCAUGGUCAUUCCCUUUAUUGGCGAGGCUCUUGGCCCCUUGGUCGGCAGUGCAACGUCAAUGGCUCGCAUUGCGCUUCUGGUAGGCGAAAUGGGCAACGGGGGGCUGACAGUGGCGGAGAUUGUUGAAGACCCGACAUCUGCGCCGUUCGCCAUACUGGGUCUGAUUGCGGGUGUUGGCAGCGGCACCGGCAAGCUGUCCAGGGCGAGGCCCUGGUAG